AUUACAUUGAACUUUUAGUUUUCAAAAAAUUUUUGGUGUGUCAAAUUGUAAGAUAGUAUUUCAUCAUGGAAUCGUUUAAUCAAAAAUCCAAAUCUAAAGGCCUCGGAUGCAUGCCAAGAGGACCUGGUCCUCAAUAUAGAUUGAAAAAUCUUAUUGGAUUCGAUGACCAUGAUCCAUCUAAACAUCGGGAACCAGCCUAUACUAUGAAAUUUCGGCAUAAACAAAAAAUACACUUGGUAGUUCCCGGGCCCUAUUCCGUGGACCAAAAGUUUACUCAACAUGGUCCAUACAAGCCACCAGCUUAUACCAUGGCAUUCAAACACGAUCGAAAGCAGCACGAUUUGAAACCUGGUCCUGGAGCACAUGCACCAGAAAAAAAUCCUUACGUAAAUCACAUAAAAAAAGCUCCAGCGUACACUAUAGCAGCCAGGCAUGAUUUACUCAGAUUCAAAGUAGGCCCAGGUCCUACUUAUAUGCUUCCGACGUGUAUUGGGCCUGGCAUACCAGACAUAAAAGCAGAAGGAGCUUACUCAAUGGCUUUCAAACCGAAGAGCAAAAUUCGUCACAUCGGCCCGGGUCCGGCUGCCUAUCAGUACCAAUUGAAAACCUACAAAAAGAACUGUCCCGCUUAUUCGAUGAAAUUCCGUCACAAAACCUUUGACACGAUACAUUCGCCCGGACCUCAGUACUAUUAUCCCAUCGAAUUGAUCAAAAAGAAAGAGCCGAAAUUCUCAUUUGGAAUGAAGCACAGCGAAUGUAUGACGGUGCCGAUGACACCGGCCGAUGACAUUUAAAAAUAAAAUUUUG